UCCCAUAAUGAGAAGGCAGAGCGGGGACUCUCGCUACGGCUCCCGGGCUGGGUGCGCGUACAGUAUAGCCCAAGGGCGGCCGUAAUUCGUUAGACACCGCCUGGCCCGCGGCCGCCGCGCUUCCGCGCAGCCCCCGGCGCGGAGACCUUCGCGCACCAUGUCGGACUGCGAGGGACUGCCCGUGGAUGACAGUGCCUCUGCUGCAAGCAGUAUGGAGGUAACAGAUCGCAUUGCUUCUCUGGAGCAGCGUGUCCAGAUGCAGGAAGAUGACAUCCAGCUGCUUAAAUCUGCCCUUGCUGAUGUGGUUCGACGCUUGAAUAUAACAGAGGAACAACAGGCCAUGCAAAACAAGAAAGGACCUACCAAAGAUCAGAGUAUGAUUAAAAAAGCUGCUGCUGAGGCUGAUAAACAUGUCAGUACUGCUACCACAGCAAGACCACUGGUACAAACACUGCCUUUAAGGACUACUGUUAAUAAUGGAACUGUGUUACCAAAGAAACCAAGUGGCUCUUUACCUUCCCCAUCAGGAACCAGGAAGGAAACUGUAUCACCAGCAGCAAAAAGCACUGUUAAGAGAACCAGUUCAGCCGAGCGUGUGUCACCGGGAGGUCGGCGGGAAAGCUAUGGGGACUCCAAGGGGAGUCGUAACCGCACGGGAUCCACCAGCAGUUCCUCAAGUGGUAAAAAGAACAGUGAAAGCAAACCGAAGGAACCAAUGUUCAGUGCAGGGAAGCGCCGUGUGACACACUGCAAAGAGGAAGGAUACGUAAAAAUGUUUCUUCGUGGACGUCCUGUUACCAUGUACAUGCCCAAAGAGCAAGUGGAAUCUUACAAUUUGGAAGCAAAAGUAGAACUACCAGCCAAGAGGCUUAAACUGGAAUGGGUCUAUGGAUAUAGGGGUCGGGACUGCCGCAGUAAUCUGUAUCUCCUUCCAACGGGUGAAACUGUGUAUUUCAUUGCAUCGGUAGUUGUGUUAUUCAAUGUUGAAGAACAGCUUCAGAGACAUUACACCGGUCAUAAUGAUGAUGUGAAGUGCCUAGCUGUCCAUCCUGAUAGGAUCACUAUAGCAACAGGUCAAGUUGCAGGUACAUCCAAAGAUGGAAAACAAUUACCACCACAUGUACGUGUCUGGGAUUCUGUUACUCUGAAUACACUGCAUGUCAUUGGAAUGGGUUUUUUUGACCGAGCUGUCACUUGCAUUGCUUUUUCUAAAUCUAAUGGAGGAAGUAGCCUGUGCUCAGUGGAUGACUCAAAUGACCAUGUGCUUUCUGUGUGGGACUGGCAGAAAGAGGAAAAGCUGGCAGAUGUCAAGUGCUCUAAUGAGGCUGUAUUUGCUGCAGAUUUUCACCCCACCGACACAAAUAUAAUAGUUACUUGUGGAAAAUCACACCUUUAUUUUUGGACAUUAGAAGGGAAUUCCCUCAUUAAAAAGCAAGGAUUAUUUGAGAAACAAGAGAAGCCAAAGUUUGUCCUGUGUGUGACCUUUUCUGAAAAUGGUGAUACUAUUACAGGAGACUCGAGCGGCAAUAUUUUGGUCUGGGGGAAAGGUACCAAUAGAAUAAGCCACGCAGUUCAAGGGGCGCAUGAAGGUGGAAUAUUUGCGCUUUGUAUGCUACGAGAUGGUACACUAGUAUCAGGAGGUGGAAAAGAUCGAAAACUAAUAUCUUGGAAUGGAAAUUACCAAAAACUUCAUAAAACAGAGAUUCCAGAAAAGUUUGGUCCAAUAAGAACAGUAGCAGAGGGAAAAGGUGAUGUUGUGUUAAUAGGAACGACUAGAAACUUUGUUCUCCAGGGCACACUGUCAGGAGAUUUUUUUCCAAUUACCCAAGGUCACACUGAUGAGCUUUGGGGACUUGCAGUCCAUUCCUCUAAACCUCAGUUCUUCACUUGUGGACAUGACAAACACAUUACCCUCUGGGACGCGACCACUCAUCGUCCUAUCUGGAACAAGAUUAUAGAGGAUCCAGCGCAGUCUUCAGGUUUUCAUCCUUCGGCAUCCGUUGUUGCAGUAGGGACACUAACAGGAAGGUGGUUUGUGUUUGACACAGAAACAAAAGACUUGGUCACUGUACACACAGACGGAAACGAACAGCUGUCUGUAAUGCGUUACUCACCAGAUGGAAACUUCUUAGCAAUAGGUUCCCAUGACAACUGUAUUUAUAUAUAUGGUGUAAGUGAAAAUGGAAGGAAGUACACUCGAAUUGGCAAAUGUUCAGGUCAUUCCAGCUUUAUUACUCAUUUGGAUUGGUCUGUUAAUUCACAAUAUCUUGUGUCUAAUUCAGGGGACUAUGAAAUCCUAUAUUGGAUCCCCUCUGCUUGUAAACAAGUAGUGAGUGUUGAAACAACUCGAGAUAUAGAAUGGGCCACUUAUACCUGUACUUUAGGAUUCCAUGUUUUUGGUGUAUGGCCUGAAGGUUCAGAUGGAACAGAUAUCAACGCUGUCUGUCGAUCACACGGGAGAAAACUGCUAUCAACAGGGGAUGAUUUUGGCAAAGUACAUCUCUUCUCAUAUCCCUGUUCACAGUUUAGGGCUCCAAGCCAUGUAUACGGUGGACACAGUAGUCAUGUAACUAAUGUAGAUUUUCUCUGUGAAGACACUCAUCUCAUCUCCACAGGCGGAAAAGACACAAGUAUUAUGCAGUGGCGAGUCAUUUAGAGAAAGCAUCAGCGUGAACAUACACAGCUGAGUCGACCAUGCACAGAACUCAUGUAUAAACUGUAUAUUUAAAACUUAACAGUAUGUUUGCAGUUUAGCCUGGUCACUGUGAUUUUUGUUUAAAGAAUUUUUACAAACCUCAGGAAAAUUAAGCCCUGUGCUGGUUACCUUACUCAGUUUAGUGAUUUUUUUUUUCAUUGUGUCACACCUUACGAAUGAUUGUUUUAUCUUUUUUUGUACAAUAUAUAAUGCAGUACAAGUUUAAUAUAAAAAUGUGGCUUGACAGUUUGCAAUACAGUGGUAUCAGCAGAAUGUGACUAUCUUAAAUGUUUUAUAUAAACACUGCUAAAACGGUCACAAAAAUGCCUUUCAAAGACUGUAUAUAUGUGCUUAUUUGUUUCACUAUCUACACUUUGUACUGUAUAUCUACUUAUUUAGAAAAAUCUAUGGCGACAUUGAGGUACUGAAUUGUUUCCGAUGGAGGAUGAUGAAUUGAUGCAAAAGGUAUAAAUCAAGCUGUAAGAUGCAAAUAUUAACAUGUUCUCGAUCAGCAAAUGUGAAUUUUAGUAAAUUUGCAUUCCCUUGGGAAUAGCAACCUUAGCUAUCACCUGUGAGGAGUUGUAUUCCCUUUGAAAUCAGCAAAUCAGCAGGUUUUGCCCCAGUUUAAAACCUGAAUAUCUCAGCAGGGUUUACAGAUGUUUGUAGUUCAGGUAUUCCAUAUGAGUUUAAAUCAAAAUCUUUUUAGUUGUAUAUGAACAAUUUCCUAUUUCAAAACAAAACAACAAAAAAAACUUGACCACAUCCCCAUUAUUGGUUGAUAUAUUUAACUAGUAUGUAUAGUAAUCAGCAUGAUACUAUAUUGUACAUGUAUAAGAUUUUAGCAGUUCAUAACAAAUGGUAAGGCAAUCUAGCUUUACUUUUUUAUGCUUACGGAUAUUGUAUAUUUGUAUUUUAAGACCAAGUAGACCAAGUCUAAAGAUAUCUUUUUAAGUGUACCAUAAACCUGCAGAGGGUAAAGGAAGUCUUGGAAGCCUACAUAAUAUUACUGUGUAACUUCUGGCCCCUGUGUUUUGUGCAUGGAUGGAUAUUUAUAGUAUGAAAUAAGAUUGUGUUUUGCAAUGAAGUAAUAGUGGAGGUGGUAUAAAAUGGUUAAGAAGGCCUUAUCAAUGUUGAUUGUGACGCAGAUUGAAAUGUAUUGUUUGCUUUGAGGAAUGUAUCUGAAGAAUUUUAAAAGAGAGGAGUUCUAAGCAGAUUCGAAAAAAGAUAAUAUUAAAAUAAUGGACAGUAAACGAUAAUUCUUUGAACUCUAAAGCACUGGUUGUUUAGAGUGAUUUAAAUGAAACAGAACCAAUAAAUUUUGAACUUUUUUAUUACAUCUCCAACCUGCUUACACUGAAAGUGCAGGACGCCAAUAAACGUGUAUUAAAGUGAA